AUGCAGCCGUGCCCGCUCUCAGGCUUCUCUCUGCAACCGUUCAGUAGUUAAAAACAGCUUUGUCAUUCUGCGAUCUUUCGAUUUGUUGUUAUCGUGUUACACAGAGGAGUAAAGUCCGCACAUAAUCUUGCUUAACUUUCCAGCGAAUUUCGCAAGUGUCCCGGCAGUCGCUGGCUCAUAGCUGCAUCGCUACAUCGUCUUUUCCGCAUUUCUCUCGUAACAUUUUAGUGAUUUCCACCUGCAACGUAUAAACGAGUGGUUACGACCGGUCGGUGCAUAUAUUUCAAUUAUAUUUGACAAGACCUUACGUUUCAACGAACCUCAAAACCAUGAAGAUGAGACAGAAUGCUGACGUGUAUGUAAUCGGCGUCGGAAUGACAAAGUUUGAAAAGCCUGGCUCGCGAGAUAAUUUCGAUUAUCCGCAAAUGGCUAAGGAGGCGGUGACCAAGGCCCUCCAGGAUGCCCGGAUUCCUUAUACCAAGGUGCAGGCCGCUUGCGUCGGAUAUGUCUACGGUGAUUCUACCUGCGGUCAAAGGGCGAUCUACGAGGUCGGACUCAGUGGAUGUCCCAUUUAUAACGUCAACAACAACUGCUCCACUGGAUCUACUGCUUUGUAUCUCGCCAAGCAGAUUAUUGAAAGUGAAAAUGCAGAUUGCGUAUUGGCAUUGGGCUUUGAGAAGAUGGAGCGUGGUUCUUUGACAUCAAAAUUCAUGGAUCGUACUAAUCCUAUGGAUAAACAUGUUGAGCUGAUGGCAGAAAUUGCAGGUAUUACUCAAAGCCCUAUCACUGCUCAACUGUUUGGUAAUGCUGGUAUUGAGCAUAUGAAAAGAUAUGGCACUAAACCCGAACACUUUGCAAAAAUCGCAUACAAAAAUCAUUUACACUCCACGAACAACCCUUAUUCCCAGUUUCAACAGAAGUACUCCUUGGAACAAAUCCUGAAUUCUCCAAAAGUAUAUGGGCCACUGACAAAACUCCAGUGUUGCCCAACCUCCGAUGGCGCAGCAGCGAUCAUUUUGGCUAAUAAACAGUUUGUUCAAAAACAUCAGUUGGAGUCGCAAGCUGUCGCGAUUCUAGCAAUGGAGAUGUCCACUGAUCUGCCCUCGACAUUCAACAGUCGCUCAAGCAUGAAUAUCGUUGGAUAUGAUAUGACGAGGAACGCGGCCGAGAAAGUCUUCACAAAUAGCAGAUACAGACCGAUCGACGUGGACGUAGUGGAACUGCACGACUGCUUCUCCGUGAACGAGCUGAUCACUUAUGAGGCCUUGGGGCUCUGUCCACCUGGACACGGUGGGAAACUAGUGGACUCUGGAAACAACACGUACGGUGGUAAGUACGUCGUGAACCCCAGCGGCGGUCUCAUCUCGAAAGGACAUCCUUUGGGCGCCACUGGACUGGCACAAUGCGCCGAACUUUGCUGGCAACUUCGCGGACAAGCCGGCCAGAGGCAGGUGUCCAGUGCGAAAUUGGCGUUGCAGCACAAUAUAGGUUUAGGUGGCGCCGUAGUGGUCGCUCUCUAUCGUUUGGGUUUCCCGGAACAAAGAAUAAAGAUGAACAACGUGAGCGUGCACGCGGAUCCGGAGGUAUUCCAAGCGAACGUGCUAUUCAAAAUGCUGGAGAUCGCAAUGCAAGAAGAUGAGGAUAAUCUGAUUGACACAGUACGAGGCGUUUACGGUUUCAAGGUCACAAACGGUCCGGGAGGCGUCGAAGGCUUCUGGGUCGUGGAUGCUAAGAACGGCAAAGGGAAAGUCGAGUAUAACGGAAAAACCAAGCCCGACGUGACGUUCACAAUCAGCGAUACCGACAUUGUAGAUUUCAUUUCUGGAAAAUUGCACCCACAAAAGGCCUUUUUCCAAGGGAAAGUGAAAAUCCAAGGAAACAUGGGGCUCGCCAUGAAACUGCCGGACCUGCAGCGACGCGCUGCCAAAAAAAUCGAAUUGCUGCGCUCAAGAUUGUAAGAUAUGCCAAGUUGAAUAUUUUUUGCCGAAGGGCUAUAACACAAGGUCACAAGCGUGUUGUAACAUAAUUCGUGAAAAUCAUACAAGAUAUUUCACAUAACUGCGAAAAUAUUUCGAGUAUAAGGAUAGAUAAAACAUAGCUCUAUCUCUGGCGUGCUAUAUUUUUCCAAUAUCAGAUUAUCAAAAACGCACAAUCAUCUGUUAUAUAUAUUUGUGCAAUCUGGCUUCAUAUUUUAAGAUAUCAAAUUCCUGAUAAAGUUUUAAAUCGGAGUAAAUAAACGCGAUUAUUCGAUAAAGGCCGAUAUAACAUUAAAGCUUUCUAGACACUUAUCAGAAUUUUUCUAAUUAAUGAACGGUAUUGUUUAAUUAUUGUCAGUAAAUCCAAAUUAUUACAUCGAAUAUACGUAUCUGCGUUUGUAGAAAUGGCUUGACUACAUUUUCUUUUAACUUUGGAGCACGACUAUCAUCUAAUAGGAGAACUUGUUUUUAAAAACUUGAUAUAUAUUCCCAUAAGAUCUUUCGUUAAACAUUAGAUAUGUCUUGAAGUGCGCCAAAAAUGAAGCCUUAAAAUACCGUUCUACAAACUAAUAUACAUAUAUUAAUGAAAAUGAGACGAUCUACAUGUGAUAAUCGCAAUAACGUCUGUAUGUACACGAUGCUCGCAUAUAACGGUAUCAGUAUGCUGUAUUUGCAUGUACAGUAUCUAAAACUCGACGUCACAUAUAUACAAAUAAUAUUCGAUAUGCAGGCGUAUAGAGUCGAACAAUCUGAUGUUCCGAUGAACCUUUUUAUUUUGUAUCAUCAAGCGAUGUAUAUUCUAGGAAUAUACAUCGCUUGAAUACUUCUGUAAAAUCAUAGAACUAAUAUGUCGCGUCGCAGUUCGCACGAAUUGUUUCUAUAUUCUUGUCGACAAUCGUUGAACUAAAAAUUAUUUAUCACGGACAUGAAAACGGAUAACAAAAAUGCUUUUUACAAUAUACAAGUAUUCCAUUAACAUAAUUACGCAGAAAAUCUUUGUAGACAAAUUGAGAUAGGCGAAUCAUAAAUAUUCAGUGGUCUAUCGUGCAAACAGCACUGAAUGUAAGACAGUGAUUCCACCUAUCAACAGUUUGCUUGCAGUCAGUGUUGCAACAAAAAAGAAACUAUUCUCAUCUCAGUUACGUAAGAAUUGUAAAAAAUUAAAUUAAAUUGUGCGUAAUCGAUA